UUCAACCUGACAAUGGUACAAUCCACCUGCCUAGUUCGUCUGAAGCGAUCGUCUCGUCCAGAUUUUUAAUAUGUUUGCAGUGCGUGCAUCGGAGGGGUCAGAGCUGGCCAGCUGGCGUGAUGUGGCGUGACACAUGUACGUGUACAUAUCGCUGUUUCCCGUUUGAUAAGGCAUUGUUCGUUGAUGCGUGAAGCAGCUAGGAUUGCCACCGCGUUUACAGUGAAACGCAGUGAAUUCUGCCACCGAUCAUACUUCAACCAUUCUACCUCCAUGCUUCAACCAUCUGACGGUUCCAAAUUCUCCACCAUGAACCUUUUGACGUUGGUUGUGUUUUGCUCUGCUGGGUCAUAUGCGCUAUGCAAAGUGAAUCGGGUUGCUCAGUUCUACAUUAAGUACACCAUGUUUAUGAUUUGGCAUCUCAUUCUUGGCUUGCUUGUUACAAUAGCGAGCUUACUAACCAACAGCUUCGGUGAUACGGCCAACAUGUGGUGGUGGAACUUCUUUGCCCAUUACCUAAGCUUCGAAAUGUUAUUUAGCGUUCACAUUGAGAUGCUAAAUACACCAGAUCGAUUAGGUGUGAAUGAACCCUGCGUGUUUGUCAUCAACCAUCAAACAUCACUGGACCAGCUUCCAUACUUGAAGUGUUGGGCACCUGGUCGCUGUUCCAUCUUGGCUAAAAACUCCCUCAAAUACACCCUCACCUAUGGGCUUGGCUGUAUUGCUUCUGGCGUCUUCUUUGUUGAUAGAAAAAAUCCAGCUCAGGCAAGGGCGACUAGUGAUCGAUGCGUCAAGUUCCUCAAAGAAGAAAGGGGUAAAUUAUGGAUUUAUCCAGAAGGAACCAGAUCUCAUGCACCUGAUACAGACUUGCUUCCAUUUAAGAAAGGGGCAUUUCAUAUUGCUGUGCAGGCACAGGUUCCCAUUGUCCCUAUUGUCGUCUCAAGAUAUCGUCACAUGUACAGCUCCAAGGAAAAAAAAUUUGACAGAGUGGACAUGAAAGUUGAUGUACUUCCAAAUGUUCCAACAAAAGGCUUGACAUCUGAUGAUGUGCCAGAGCUAACGGAGAGUGUCAGGACCUCAAUGUUGAAGAGAUUCCAUGAAAUAUCACCACCGCUGAGACAAUAAAUCCUGGACCAAAACAAAACAAAUAUUCUGUCAAAUCAGUUACCAGCCAAUUGUCACAUGAUGAUAUGCAUGUUAUGUCUGGUGCCAAGCUGAUAAUGAUUAACAAGAAAACCUGCCAGCAACAAUUCUGCUUUAAUGGGUUUACAACAUCUGACUGGUGUUACUUGUACAAGCUCCAUGCAUAUCAAGGCCCUCUUGAGAGACAAAUGGGGGAAAACAAUGGUCCUUUUUUCAGUUGUGUACUAAGAUGGAAUGAACCCCAUUUCAGAGUGAUGACCCCUUCAGAGUACACCAUGAUCAAUAUGUAUAUACAUUUAGAUACUGGUUGUGUGCUGAAUAUCCUGUUGGCUUGACUUUAAUACUUUGCAUAUGCACUGAUUAACUGGCAAAGUCAGCAAAUUACAAAUAUUUACAUUUGGGACUUGUGGGUCCUACAAAGAGCGCCCUCAACAAUGCAUGCAGAAUGGAUAUGAGCAACUUUUUUGUACCACCGAUAACGUGAAAAUCCCAAUCAGUAUUGGUUAAAUGAAUAGUUUUGUGGUCACAAAGAAAGCCAUAUUUGAUGUAAUUGUGAACAUGCUGCUAAAUGAUUUAUUUUGGGUGUAAAUUAUUUUCUCUCUGAAGAAAGUGAGCGAUAUUUAUAGUUAAUCUAUUAAAAAAGCUUGACUUCAAAUUGAGCACUUUAUCUACAUUAUCUCACUGUAAGUGUGUAAAUACCUUCCCAACUGUUUUGUCCAAAAGCAAUCAAUUAUCUUCAUAAUUUGAAUAUUUGUCUUGAUGUUUGUAGUAUUUGUACAUGUAAUUAUCUUUGUCAUGACUGCAGUGCUGCUAUUUUUGGAUAUUGUUAUCUUUGUUCAACUUUGUCAAAUUUGUUUGUCUUAGCAGAUCAGCUUGGAACUAUCUAGAAUGAAGGUUUUCCAAGGCAUUUGGAUCACCAUUCUUGUGGCCUAUUUGUACUUUUGUCCUCACUCUGCAAGGAGCAAAAUUUCUAAGUAAUUGUUCUUCAGCACAUUUUUGGUUUUUUACGCAACUCCCUCAUGAAUUUUCACAAGUAAGUCAAAAAGGCAAUUUUUUUAGACAAAUACAUACUGAAGUUUUAUUAAAUAUAUGAUGGUUUGAUUGCCUAUACAAUGAAGCAAAAAAGUGAUAUAAAAAACUUACUUCUUGCCAACUACUGAUCCAAUCAAGUGCUUGCGUGUUUUUCUUUUUUAUUAGUUACAGAUAUCUACAAAUUUUAUGGAAUUUAUCUUGCAAUGAGACUAUACUUUCUCAAGAAAUUUAUACUUUUUACAGCAGUAAGAAACUAGUUUAAUAAUGGUAAUCUUUACUUGAAAUGCAAACUAUGGAAAUGACUUCUGUGAACAACAUGAUGAAAAUUCCCACCCAAUUCCAAAUUCAGGAAUGCAACUCUAACAAUCUUGAGUGAACCUCUGGCUCCGCAUUGUUGAUAAAUUACAAAGGAUGUAGUUUGGGUAAGGGGUGAUAACUAGAAACACUAAUUAUGUAGUUAUUGGGACUGUCACAAAAAGCUGAGCUACCAUCAGCAAUAACUGCAAAACCACUUCAAACAAAUUGGAUAAUGCCAACAUGGAACUCCUAAAUCAAAAUUAACAAGUAUAUGUUAUAUACAAUGAAGUGAAAUAAAGGAUACUGACAUCUAGUCAUUUGGAGCAUUGACAAGUGAUUACUUCGAACUCCUAGAUGUACAUUUUGACCAUCUGCAGUUGUUUUCGAGGUCACAAAACCUUUCUAAUUUUUGUCGAGGUUUAAGAGUGUGGGAAUUUCAACCACUUAAAUCAUGGCAAGUCUCUU